CAGGAGAGACAAGAGAGAGGGGUCAGACACGCGAUCAAUAGCCCGAACUGUGGCAGGAAUAAGCUGCCUUCCCUCAAGCCUGAGUCUCCAGCCACUCGUGGCAAAGGUACAAAGAUGUCUUUGUUGGAAUCCAGAGUGAAGUCAGUGGAAGAAGCAAACUGCUCCUUGCUAAAGGAGAUUGGAAAACUCCAGAAUGAACUAAAGCAGGUUGGAGGAGAAGCCUGUGGCUUCCGGGAUCAAACCACAUCAUGGUCAUCCAUCAUGGGCAACAUUGAAGUCAGCAACAACACCAUCUCAAAGAUCAUGUCACGUCUCAAGGAAGCAGAGGGGACACUUUACUCGGAGAAGUUGUCAAUGAUCAUGUUAUUAAAUCGAGCGCAGCAGUUAGAACUGAUGAUCACUGACAACGAGGAGGAAAUGAAAAGCCAAAGGAAUCAAUCUGAGCGCAGGUUAGCAGAAUUACAGAGUGUGGUGCAGAACAUUCAUGGGCAGAAGGUACAAACGGAGAGAAUGGUCUCCACCUUAAUGAGUGACGUGGGACAGGGAAAGAAUCAGAUGGAACUGCAGGAGUCUGAAAUUAAACUGGUCAAAGAAGAGCUGAAACAAGUUUCGCAGCAAAUGGACGAGGAAAACAAGUUAACCGUCAGUAUUGGGGAAAUUAUAUUUAACAUUUUAGGAUUAUGUCAAAUGUUUGUGAAUGCCUUAAAUCUUGACGAGUACAUUUGCAUGCUAUGUACUUUCUUUUACUUUUUAAAAAUACUUUCAAAAACUUCAGAAACGGACAAGUUUAUCUUAACUGAUUUUUAUAUGCAACUUAUUUGUCUGAAGUUUUUCGAAGACACUGUAUCCCAGACCAAGUUUGCAACUUUGAUUUCCAAGUAUGUAGCAAAAGCCAGCCUUGCCUUAUAA